AUAAACUAGGCUUGAAUGUGUGUGUGUGUGAGUCAUUGAGUGAGCUCGAACUUUUAGUUCUUUUCCAGUUUAUGUGUAUUACUUUAGUGUGGUUAGUUUGUUGGGUUUCACAUUGAGGUGGGUUCAAUGUUUUUUGGGGUGUUUUUCUCCUGGAGGUGCUUAAUGACAGUCUGGCCUCUGGUUCCAUGCCGAUGUCCUGCCGCAGAGCCGUAAUAACGCUACUACCAUAAAAGGGAAACCUGCAGGACAUCAGCAUCCCCGCGCCCUGUGUCCCUGCUGUGUGUGGAUUACAAGCUCCUGUCCAAAGUCUUUGCCUCCAGGCUGAGGGAAGCUAUGGAGCAGGUCAUCCAUCGGGACCAGACCUACUGUGUGCCCGGCAGGUCCAUGGUAGACAAUGUCUACCUCAUUCGAGAUGUUUUGGAGGUCUCCAGCUCAUUGGGUAAUAAUACUGGUCUAAUUUCUCUAGACCAGGAAAAGGCUUUUCACCAGGUUGAGCACAACUUCCUCUGGAAAGUCAUGGGGAGGUUUGGGUUCAGCACUGGUUUCAUAGCUAAGAUCAAGGUGUUGUACAGGGACAUUGAGAGUGUGCUGAAGAUAAACUGUAGUCUGUGUGCUCCUUUUAGAGUGCGUAGAGGAGUCCGGCAGGUUGUGCUCUGUCAAGGAUGCUCUAUGCACUCUCCCUAGAACCCCUCCUCAGCAAAAUACACUCUAGCCUGGAGGGCCUGGUUUUAGAAGAAUGAUUUUAUCUGCAAACCGUGACAAUAAUAGGUACGUCCCUAAAUCUAAAAUCCUGAGAAAUUUCGAGACUCAACCUUGUAUUGUUUAAAAGAUAACGUGAUCAAAAGUUAAAAAAGAAGUCCGCCCCCCCAGAUUAGAGUGAUGCCAAACUGCCCGUGGAAUCUCCAUUUUCAUUAGCCAUGUUCGCACAACAUAGUCUUUUUAUUGGAAGUAGGGACAACGAUUGUAUCGGAUUUUGUGUAUCGUCCGAAAGAUCCAUUCCCAUUAGCAUUCUCCAUUAGCGUGAGAAAAUGUCCUUUUAAGCAGCAACUUUCCUCGACCACAGCCAGUAAGUCCUCAUCAUUUCUAUAUAUUUGCAUUUCAUCAGAUGUCCUUUUUCAGAUUAGAUUGUUUUCAAGAUACUUAUUUGUUUUUUGCUUCCGUUAUUGAGGUUUGCAUUGUCCCUUUGAAGUCUUUGUGGUUUUUAUUCAUUGACAAUGAUUUACAUUAUUUUAUUUUAUUACAGGAUGAAAAAAAUAAGCCUGUGUGUAUGAUAUUGUUGCUAACAAAAUUACUAAAUAGAAGGAUCUCUCUGGUUCUCCCCCAGAUUUCAAAACAAAUGUCAUUUCUUUUUAGGUGGUUGCAAGACACAUGAGACCCCCGACAAAAAAAUAAAUCACUAAAAGGCUGUAGGAAAAGGUUUUAAUCCAAACUAGAGGAUUUGUGAAUGCCUGAGCCAAUCCUGGAACCUAAAAAUGUCUGUGCUCAUGUCAGCAUCGCAGCAGAAUGAAGCAGGCUCAAAAAGUCUGAAAACAUAUUCACAAGAUUUUGGCAAUAUUUUGCGGUCUUGGUGCACAAGCAUCAGAAGACUGAAACUGUCACGGUGUGGGUUCAUUCUUUUCUGCUCUAUUUUGUAGUUUUCUGCUUCUCGUGUCCCUGGGUUAACCCCUGAUCCUGCCCGGGUGUAUUUUACCUUGUGAGCGCGAUUGUCUGCCGUGUCCCUGAUUGUUUCUUCCUGUGUCCAAUCACCUGCACCUAGACCAUGUAUGUCCAUUGUCUCUGAAGUUCAUAGUCAAUGUCAGUAUGUUGUGUUGCAUAGUGUGUGUUGGUUUGCCUUGUCUCUUAGUCCCUCUUUGCCCCUAGGCAUUUGGUAUUCUACUUUUUAUUUUUAUUUUUUGAAAUCUGCUUGAGUCCUACUGUCCGUGAAUGAAACUUUCUAAAACAAUAUGUAAAUGCAUGUGUUACCAUCUGGCCUAUGGGACCUGCUUUUCUGGAGUAAGGGUACCACUGACAAAUUGAGGGUUACUGCUUUGUUCAGAGGGGAAAAUAUAGAGACAGAAAGAGAAAAAUAAUUCAUCAAUGCAUCCAUUCCAUAGUACCUAGCGUACAUACAUGGACCCAGAUUACCUGAAUUUAUUUUAAGACCCUCGACUGUCACAUUUCCUCCCACAUGGCUUGGGGGAAACGCUGUUGACGAGAUUUGGUGUCAGAGCAAAUGCUGAUAAAUGGUUACCCACGUCACAGUUACUACGGGGGUUUCCCCCAGUGGGGAGACCAGUCCUUCACAUGUGUACACACAUGACCUAUCAUUGCCUCCGUCUCUCUCUGUGAGUCCUACAUGAGCAGUGCUGUGACGCACCACAUGUCACAUGAUAUAAACCCUCUACUGCUCUGAGUUAAUGUGUGCGUAUGUGCCGACGAGAUUUGUUUGCAUGAAUCACAUUGUGGUUUACAAUGUGUCUUUAUGCUUCGGUUAUUUGUAUGCUGCCCAGUAGCAUCUGGAUUAACAAAGAGAAGACACAACUAUGUACUGGAAAAGUGACUAUCAUAAAUGUAUGUAUGAAACACUGUGCUCCAUUGAAAUUGCUGUAUUUUAACACAAUCAUAUUCUUUUGGUAUUUACAACUAUAUAUAACAUAAUAUGUUGGCAUCAAAGAAAACAUUGGAAAUAUACUUUUCACACAACUACGCAGACACCUUAACCUUUUUACACUGCUACAUGUUGUGCCUUCCAGACCACAAAACACCAAAUAAAAGAAUUUAAGAUCAGAUCAGUAAUCGAUAUCAUAUACCAGACUUUGUACUGUUUUUGAAUAUAUGCCAUACAAAUAAUUCAAUGGAUUAUCAAACAUUAUGUACUUCAAUGCAAGUGUUGGUGUCUGUUUUAUUUAUUGAUAAAAAUUGAUAUGUGCUUUGCUAUGCAAACAAAUACAUAUGCACAAUAAUAAUAAACAGAGUGCAUCGAAAAAUUAAAUCAAAGGACAUAAAUGUUUUUGACAGUUAAAAGCAGUUUAUUGCACAACAAUGCAUUUGAAUUUGGCCACAAAACAUCAGACAUGGAUUAUGUACUUUAUCUAUUUUUCUCAGGUACAAUGUGGUGCAUCCCACUGCAAUAUUUAUGAGGCUUUACAAGCCAGACCGCUCAUCUAUUUGGAACCCAGUUGUGGCUUUUACAUCUGAGAUCCGUCACGCCUAAUCAGACCAGGUUCUAGCUGUAACCUUUGUGAAUGAUCAACAAAGUCCACAUUGUUUGCUGGACACCACCUUGACAGCCAGCAUAGGUAUGAUGACAUGCGGCUAUACAUGAAAUCAUUUUAUCCAGGAAACAUAUAUAUAUAAACAUAUGAAUAUACCAUCUCCACAAAUCCCAGGUAUCAAGAAGUAGAUAUAGUCUGUAAUCUUCUCUACACCCCGAGGUUGAUAAAGAUGUUCAACAGAAAAAGUAGGAAAUCCUUGAAGGGCUCCAGGAAGUUGCCGGUUCACGGAGUGUGAAUAUACGUGUGGGGAAGUAUGUGUGUCGAAUGGCAUCUGCUGAGGCUCUGAAACAACUGUAGCUCUGCCUUGCUUUUGUGAUUCUUCUAUUUUUUUAUCUGCUGUGCUUUUCUUUUGCUGAGACUGAUGAAAGGUCUCCAUCAUUACACCAAUAAAGUAUGAAGGAGAGAAAAAAGGGGUUUCUUUUGUGCUGAUCAACAAAGUAGAAGAACUUCCCUUUGAGUAACUAUAACUUAAUGAUGCCAUGAAAAAGUGCAGCAAAUAAGAGUAAUGUUCACUUUGGGUUUAAUAGGGACCAUUAUAGUGUUACCGGUACCUCCACAGAAUAGAACCGGUAGAAUCGCAAGGAAUGAUGGAGUUAGAAGUUCCAGAUAGGCAGCAUAAAGAUCAGCUUUAGCCGGCCUUAUCACAGCAGGUCAGGACAAGUAAAUAUAUAGUCCGCUAUAAACCACUGCUUUUCUGAUGCAUGAUAGAAUUCUGUGUUUGUCCAGUACGAAUAAAAUCGUGUUUGUCAGUGUAGAAGGUGUUUUACUAACUUAUUUUUUGACUGUGUUAAAUUUAUCAAUAAACUGUAUUCAGUAGAGAAGCUGUAAUGCCGAGACUCUUAGUUGCAACCAUGGCUGAGGGACCAUUGUUGUUUUCCUUAUGGCGUCAGGUGCAAACAACUGAGUACAAAAGCCCUUUCAUGACUGUAUAUUGGGGUUUUAAAGUUAUUUCCAUUGAUGUGUCCAGUGAGUCCUGAUCAAGACAGCAUUAUAACAUGUUUAGUGUAAAAUAACCAACAACCAAACUAAACAAAAAACAUUAAAAAAACAUAAUGAAUAAUAAUUUAUUGCACAUAGAAUAUCAAAGAAGACAAGUUCUAAAAGAAAACGGCUAAUGCAAUUAUCAUAAUAAGCUGUGUUGUUCAGUAACUACACAUUCAGUGGUUAAAUACUUUGUCUUCCUGCAUAUUUUAUGCUCACAUAUGAGGGCUCACAUUUACCAGAUGCAAAUGACAAUAAAUCUUCUUAUUGUAGUAAGGCAGUCUGUGACCAUGAUUAUUGGAUGCUCAGCAGUUUGAAACAGCCCAGUAACUUUAUCAUUAAAAUCUUUUCACAGAAUUAUAUAACUGUGCUAUACGUAUUGGUAACACGCUGAUUUAGAGGACAUUCACAAAGGGGUCCAGUACAUCCAUCCCUCUACUUGAUCUCUUCAUCAACUUAUUUACUACUCGGUUUCUUUGUCCUUGCGUGUUUCUCUUUGUUUUCUGUCACUAUGUGUUUAAUGUAUUUCUCAGUUUGUGUGCUUCUACAGCAUCUGUGACUCACAGACAAACAAGACAGCAGGUGGUGUGUGAUGUAAUAUGGGCUACAUAUAAGUAGUCUGUCUACUGGAUCUACCUGAGAAGGAAACAGGAGACCACUCUCUGGCAAACUGGACACCUAAAUGGGUUCAGCUUCUAGAGGUGUCUAAAUAAGCAUACGUAUACGCUUUACUCAGGGCUUUAAAGAAUGCAGAGGUUGAGGCAUUUUCUUCAUGAUUUUCCCUCACAGCAACUGAAGCUGAAACAAUCUUAUGAAAAAUUUUGUUCAAAUUGAACAUUGAAUUGGUCUUACACAAUCGUCGUGUAUCUCCACGAUUUCUGGGUUUGGUGAGCACAGGAUGUCAUCGUCAAGGUCGAAGUUCCCUCUGCUCCUGUUUGGUAUCCUGCUGUGCAGCUCCUUUGCUCCUCUCCCAGUUAUCAGCAGUAAGAGACAUAGCAUACGGAGCGCCGGGCAAUUGGUGCGUGCCUUCGGCAGCUGCUGGGACAAGAGAGAGGUGACUGCUAGAGAUGGAGAAUACCUGCUGGGGAUAAAGAGGCUAAGAAGACUUUACUGUAAUGUGGGCAUUGGCUUCCACAUUCAGGUCUUACCAAAUGGGAAGAUCACAGGCGUGCACAAUGAAAACAGAUACAGCAUUCUGGAGAUGUCCCCAGUGGAGAGAGGAGUGGUCACUCUGUUUGGAGUGAGAAGCGGCCUCUUUAUUGCCAUGAGCAACAAAGGGAAACUCUACGGCUCGGGUCGAUACAACGAUGAAUGUAAGUUCAAGGAGAAUCUCCUGGCCAACAACUAUAAUGCCUAUGAAUCUGCCGCCUACCCCGGGAUGUACAUCGGCCUCAGCAAGACUGGCAAAACCAAGAGAGGCAACCGGGUCACACCCACCAUGACAGUGACACACUUUCUGCCUAGGAUAUGAAUUUAAAGAACAAAACUCACAAAAGUAAACAAGGCCACUGUUUUGAACAUAUUUUACUGUCGGACUAUUCCUAGUCUUCUUCUAAAAUACAAUGUACAAAAGGUGUAAAACUCUUGUUUUAUUUUCAAAUGUUUUUGCUCAAUAAGAGGUUAAUGCGCUUAAGGCAAUGUUUGUGUUUGUGUAAAUGACAUGUUCCUUCAGUAGCCCAGAAUGGACAGGCCGAAGGCUGGCUCCAGAGAGAGCCUUCAACUUCUUUUAUUGGAGUCCACUGUAGUCUUCCAACAUGCUCUAAUGUAGCUGUAAAAUGCAAAACUGUGCUACCGCCCGCUGGUGUUGGAUUUUCUUUACUUGUAAAGUAGGUAGUGUAGCUUGUAGAGCAAUGCAACACGU